AUGGAGACACGAGUCGUCGAACGCAUUGACCAGACCGAGCGGAUGAUGACAGAGCGACUCGACAGACAUGAUCGCCGUCUUCGUGCGAUCGAGGAUUAUUUUCAUAUCCGCCGGUCACCUACUCCGAUGCCUCAGCAGGAGGAGAGACAUAUUGGUACCUCACAUGGUCCUCAUGGAGCAGAGGAGAAUGGGUGGCAAAGGGGGCAGUUCUGGCGGCAAGGCGGUGGAGACAACGGAGGAGGGAAUGGAAGAUCUAGUGGCAGUGGUUUGUCUAAGGGCGGAGGCAAUAGUGGUGCCCGCGGUGGACAUAUGAAAGCACCGGGCGACGAUGGGUCAUUUAUUUCAAGAGCUGGAUUUAAGGCAAAUCCUCAGCUCAACAUUUCGGGCUUACAUGUGAUCAAGAUUGAAGAGCAUUUGGAGAUGGAUAACAAGGGUUGCAGCAAAGAAACUGGAGCAGGUGCAGCAGGAGCUGGUGGUGGCAAUAGCAGUGGUGGUGGGACUAACAAAGGUGGCAACAAUGAUCUGAUCAUGAAGGCUCCUGGUGCUGAUGGUGCAUAUAUAUCAAGGACUGGCUUUGAGAACGAUCCAAAGGGCUACUUUUCUGACCUGCAUGCUAAGGAGAAGGCCAGCAAAUGA